UCCCACAUGACAACCUCUGUGUUAAUGUGUAAAAAGUGCUUGUAAGGGAAGACCGUGAGACACUUUUAUCAAGGACCUCAGACUCCUUAUCAAGGAUGCAGACAGAGAUUGAUUUUCUUAGGAUUGGGGUGGGCUUAUACAACCCCUGAUACAUUCUAUUCUAGAGGUCACACUCAUCUUCAUCUUUGGACAUAAAGAUCACAGGUCGUAUUUAACUUUAGAGCCUGCUUUGCACACAUUUCAACGCUCUGGGAUUCCUUUAAGGGAACUGUCCCUUUUUUGUGGUCUGAUGGUAGUUUGGUCCUUUUUUCUGUUGGAGAGUUGUUGGGGCAUCAAGACAGCAUGUUGAGGUGUUUGCUACAGAGGGCGACCAACUUAAGGAAUGUAGAGAAAGGAGAGAGACACAGUGACCCGCUUGCUAGCAUCACUUUCAGAGGGACAAAAAAGAAAACCAAAGUCAUCAAAAAUAAUGUCAAUCCUGUGUGGAAUGAGGGCUUUGAGUGGGACUUGAAGGGCAUACCUUUAGAUUCUGGAGCAGAGCUUCAUGUUGUUGUCAAGGAUCAUGAGAAAAUGGGCAGGAAUAGAUUUCUGGGGGAGUGUCGGGUGGCUCUUCGAGAUGUGCUUAACUCUCCAAACCUGGCUGCUACUUUCACUGUGUCCCUGGUAGACACCAAGCGGAAUAGCACAGGGGCCACAAUAACCCUGCAGGUUUCCUACAUCCCUCCUCCAGGCAUGGCACCCAUAUUCCAGCCUCCCCCACAGCCAGAGGCCCAGCACACCCUUGUGGAGCUGGACACAGUUACAGUGUUCUCACUGGACACUAUGGGUGAGGAGGACACGGAGAGUAUGCUUAUGAUGGAGGCGGUGGAGGAGCCUGAACCUGCUCCAGGGCCCCAGGGUCAGGAUAUCGGGACCCCUACAGCACCACCCAAAAAGUCCCCACCAAACUUUAACCAGGGCCUUAAGAAAAAAAAACACCACAGCAACAAAUCCCCACUGUCCAACAAACCCCAAGACCUCCAGGUACGGCUGCGCAUUAUUGAGGGAAGACAGCUCCCUGGUGUCAACAUAAAACCAGUUGUCAAGGUUACAGUUGGAGGUCAGACAAAGAGAACACGUAUCAAGAAGGGCAAUAAUCCAUAUUUUGAUGAGACUUUCUUUCUGAACUUCUUUGAGAAACCUUCUGAUCUUUUUGAUGAACCUAUCUUUAUAACAGUAUUUGACUCCAAAUCACUGCGCAAAGAUUCUGUCAUUGGAGAAUUCAAGCUGGAUGUUGGCAUGGUGUAUAAUGAACACCGGCAUGCUAUUCUCAGGAAAUGGUUGUUGCUGGCAGACCCUGAUGAUCUGUCUGCAGGGGCCAGAGGUUAUAUGAAGGUCAGCAUGUUUGUGCUGGCCGCAGGUGAUGAGCCUCCGAUGGAUAAGAAAGUGGGUCUAGAAGAAAAGGAAGACGUAGAGGGGAACCUGUUGAGACCAGCAGGUCUUACCCUGAGAGGAGCCACCUUUACUCUCAGAGUUUACAGGGCAGAAGACCUGCCUCAGAUGGAUGAUGCACUAAUGGACGGUGUGAAACAGUUCCUUGGUUUCGAGACCAACAGAAAGAACCUUGUGGAUCCAAUGGUGGAGGUUAACUUUGCAGGAAAAACGAUCUGUGGCAAGAUUCUGGAGAAGAACGCCAACCCUCAGUGGAACCAUAGCCUCACUCUGCCCAUCAGGUUCCCAUCCAUGUGUGAAAAGAUGAGGAUACGUAUUUUAGAUUGGGAUCGAGCCAGCCACAAUGAUGUCAUUGGCACUACUCACUUAUGCAUGUCCAAAAUCUCAGCCUCUGGGGGAAAUAUUGACGAUGAGUUGCCUUCCAGGACCUCCAACAGCACCAUGGAUGAUAAUGUAGGCUUCCUACCCACCUUUGGCCCCUGCUACGUCAACAUGUACGGGAGCCCUCGAGAGUUCUCUGCCUUCUCAGACCCGCAUGAGGCUCUAAACUUUGGAAAGGGAGAGGGUGUAGCUUAUCGAGGGCGGGUGCUUUUGGAGCUCAUUACAAAGUUGUCCGAUCAUGUGGAACAAAAAGUUGAAGAUAUACACCCUGAUGACCUGCUGGUAGUGGAGAAAUUUAUGCGGAAGAGGAAAUACUCUCUGUUUGCUGCUUUCUACUCUGCCACUCUUCUUCAGGAUGUGGAUGAUGCAAUUCAGUUUGAAGUCAGUAUUGGGAACUAUGGAAACAAGUUUGACAACACCUGUCUGCCUCUAGCCUCCACCACUCAGUUCAGUAGGGCUGUGUUUGAUGGAUGCCAUUAUUAUUACCUGCCAUGGGGCAAUGUGAAACCUGUAGUGGUCUUGUCUUCAGAGUGGGAAGACAUUGGUCCUCGCAUAGAGGCCCUAAACAUGCUACUCAGCAUAGUCGACCGGCUGGAAUCAAACUUGGAGCAGGUACAACUGGAACUAAAAGCAAGAAGUGACCAACAGGAAGUGGAGCAAAGGGUUAUCCAGCUGCUUGAUGAUGUCAUAGCCGACUGCAGUGAGGAGCUCCCUGAGGUGGAUAAAUGGCCCUGUGUGACUCCAUUGGAUAAAGCUCUGAGGAAUCUGCGCAAGAUUAACAUGGAGCAGAUCAUGCAGGCCGCUUCGGCACUCAAGCAUGGCCCAGAGACUGAGCUGAGUGCAGUGCUGGAGCAGGCUGACGACUGGGUCCUGCGACUACGCCACCUUGCUGAGGAGCCCCAGAACAGUCUUCCAGAUAUAAUAAUUUGGAUGCUACAGGGGGACAGGAGAGUGGCCUACCACAGAAUCCCAGCACACCAGGUUAUUUUCUCCCAGGGUUACUGCGGCAAGCAUUGUGGCCAACUUCAAACGUUUUUUAUGAAGUAUCCACAGGAAGACGGGGGAGAUGGUAAGAUCCCAGCUCAGCUCAGGGUAAAGGUGUGGUUUGGACUGACUGCUGAUAUCAAGUUCUUCAACCAGUUUGCAGAGGGCAAACUAUCUGUGUUCGCAGAAACGUAUGAGAACCAGACAAAAUUGGCCCUGGUGGGGAACUGGGGAACUACUAGUCUGACUUACCCCAAGUUCAGUGACGUGACUGGCAGAAUUAAACUGCCAAAGGAGAGCUUUAAACCCUCUCCAGGAUGGAGCUGGGCGGGAGACUGGUAUGUCAGCCCAGAGAAAACAUUGCUGUAUGAUGCUGAUGCUGGUCAUAUAAGCUUUCUGGAGGAAGUCUUUGAAAAUCAGAUGAGGUUGCCAGGAGGACAGUGGAUUGGCAUGCCAGAGGGGUACACAGAUGUGAAUGGAGAAAAGGCUGUGCCUAAAGAUGAGAUAGAGUGUCCCCCUGGCUGGGUUUGGGGGGAUACUGAGUGGAGCGAGGAUCUGAAGCGUGCAGUGGAUGAUCAAGGGUGGGAAUAUGGCAUAACCUUUCCCCCUGACCGCCGGCCGAAGUCUUGGGUUCCAUCAGAGAAGAUGUAUCACACCAACCGCCGCAGACGCUGGAUCCGACUUCGACGUAGAGAUAUGCAGAAAAUGGAAGCGCUCAGAAAACAACGUCCAGAUGAGUCCGAGCGUGAGGGCUGGGAAUAUGCCUCUUUAUUUGGCUGGAAGUUCCACCUCAAGCAGAAGAAGACUGACUCCUUCCGUCGUCGACGCUGGAGAUGUCGUAUGGAGCCAUUGGAAAAGACGGGGCCAGCGGCCAUCUUUGCCUUGGAGUGCUCACUGAGCAGUGUUGUCGAUGAAAAGAACGAUGAUAAGUCGGUUACAACAACAUUUGGUGUCAACCGCCCAACCAUCUCCUGCUUCUUUGAUAGUGGGACCCUGUAUCAUUUGCGAUGCUACCUCUAUCAGGCCAGAGACCUACUGGCAAUGGAUAAGGACAGUUUUUCAGAUCCCUAUGCCAUUGUAUCCUUCCUGCAUCAGAGCCAGAAGACAGUGACUGUUCGAAACACGCUCAACCCUACCUGGGACCAAACCCUCAUCUUCUAUGAAGUGGAAAUAUUUGGAGACAGUCAUGUGACUGAGAGGAACCCUCCAAACAUUGUGGUAGAACUGUACGAUCAGGACACCUAUGGAGCUGAUGAGUUUAUGGGGCGCUGUGUAUGCCAACCAUCAAUGGUAUCUUCUCCUCGCCUUGCCUGGUAUCCCAUACAGAAGAGUGGGAAGGCUGCUGGAGAACUGCUUGCUGCUUUUGAACUGAUCCGCAGAGAAAAGCCUGCAGUUCACCACAUACCCGGUCAAGAAGUUAGUAAUCUUUCUGGGGAUAUUACACCACCCUCACAUAUCAUGGAUGAGCCAGAGGACUCUGAUUUGCCCUAUCCACCUCCGCAGAGGGAACCUAAUGUCUACAUGGUACCACAGGGGAUCAAACCUGUCCUACAGCGCACUGCUAUUGAGAUACUUGCAUGGGGUUUGCGUAAUCUGAAGAGUUUCCAGCUGGCCAGUGUGACAUCUCCUAGUCUCCAGGUGGAAUGUGGGGGACGUGCCAUUCAGUCGUGUGUCAUCCGAAAUGCUAAGAAGAACCCUAACUUUGAUGUCAACACUCUCUUCAUUGAUGUGCGGCUGCCCAAGGAGGAGUUAUACAUGCCCCCGUUGGUGAUCAAGGUCAUAGACAACCGACAGUUUGGUAGGAAGCCAGUGGUGGGCCAGUGCACAGUGCGCUCACUGAAUGAGUUCCGCUGCCAGCCUGAGAGCCUGGAGAGAGACCCUACAGAAGAGGAAUCUGAGGCAGUUGCUUACACACCUAGAGAUGAAGUUCUGAUUGAUAUCGAUGACAAGGAGCCUCUUAUUCCUGGACAGCAGGAUGAAUUUAUGGACUGGUGGAGCAAGUUUUAUGCCUCCACUGGUGAGAGGAACAAGUGUGGAAGUUAUCUGGAGAAAGGGUUCGAUACACUGCAGGUUUAUGACACAGAAUUGGAGAAGGUUGAAAGCUUUGAGCAAUUGUCUGAUUUCUGUCAAACGUUCAGACUUUACCGUGGAAGAACCCAGGAUGAGAGUGAAGACCCUUCCGUUGUUGGAGAGUUCAAGGGUUCAUUUAAGAUCUAUCCACUGCCUGACGAUCCCGCAAUAGCCACACCCCCACGCCAGUUCCGCAAACUUCCACCAAAUGGUAUCGAGGAGUGCCUGGUACGUGUGUACAUCAUCCAGGCCUAUGGCUUACAGCCCAAAGAUGCCAAUGGCAAGUGUGACCCUUAUGUUAAGAUCACACUUGGCAAGAAAUCAGUUGAUGACCACGACAAUUACAUACCCUUUACUUUGGACCCCGUCUUUGGAAAGAUGUUUGAGCUGACAUGCUGUCUGCCUCUGGAGAAGGACCUGAAAAUCAUGCUGUAUGAUUAUGACAUGCUCUCUAAAGAUGAGAAAAUCGGAGAGACCGUCAUAGAUUUGGAGAAUCGCUUCUUGUCCCGUCAUGGUUCUCGUUGUGGCCUGCCACAGUCCUACUGUCUGUUGGGUGUUAACCAGUGGCGAGAUCAGCUGAAACCUACCCAGUUACUUCAACGUCUGUGUGAGAGGCAAAACUGUAAACUGCCUGUCUACAAGCAGGAUCGAGUCUACUUCAGAGGACAGGAAUAUACCGUGGCAGACCUUGAUGAAGGAAGACCUUUUAACUCUUACCUGGGUCCAGUGCAGGAGCGUCUAGCUCUUUUGGUGCUGAGGAGGCAAGGUCUGGUACCUGAACACGUUGAGACACGACCCCUCUACAGCCCUCUACAACCAGACAUAGAGCAGGGCCGUUUACAAAUGUGGGUGGAUCUGUUCCCUAAAUCUUUAGGCCCACCAGGGCCUCCAUUCAAUAUUACUCCACGCAGAGCCAAAAAGUUCUUCCUGCGCUGUAUUAUAUGGAACACAAGAGAUGUUAUCUUGGAUGAUGUCAGUGUUACUGGGGAGAAGAUGAGUGACAUUUAUGUGAAAGGCUGGAUGCAUGGCCAUGAAGAGAACAAGCAGAAAACAGAUGUGCACUAUCGAUCACUGGGUGGUGAAGGCAACUUUAAUUGGAGGUUCCUCUUUCCCUUCCAUUAUUUACCGGCUGAACAACUCUGCACCAUUGAUAAAAAGGAGCAUUUUUGGAGUUUGGAUAAAGUUGAAACGAAACUGCCUCCUAAGAUUACUAUUCAGAUCUGGGACAAUGACAAGUUCUCCUUUGAUGAUUUCCUUGGUUGUUUGGAGAUGGAUCUUAACCAUAUGCUGAGUCCAGCAAAAUCUUCAGAAAAAUGUGGUCUGGAGAUGCUCUCUCAAACCCAAGACAGGCUAGUUUCACUGUUUGAGCAGAAGACGGUAAAAGGCUGGUGGCCGUGCGUGUGUGAAAGACAAGGCGAGAAGAUCCUUGCAGGGAAAGUGGAAAUGUCCCUUGAAAUCACCUCUGAGCAGGAGCAGGAUGAGAGGCCAGCAGGGCUCGGCAGGGAUGAGCCAAACAUGAAUCCCCAUCUAGAGGACCCACAGCGUCCUGAGACCUCAUUCCUAUGGUUUUCAUCUCCGUAUAAGACAUUUAGAUUCAUUGUGUGGAGAAGGUUUAAGUGGCUUAUUCUGGGCCUCUUUAUUCUCUUUUUCAUUAUACUCUUCCUUGGAGUCUUUCUCUAUGCCUUCCCUAACUAUGCUGCUAUGAAGAUGGUUGGACCCUUCAGUGGAGUGGGAAAGGGAAAUGGAGAGCCCAGUACCAACUGAACAAAAACCCAAUCCACACAUCAUGUGAAGCCAACUGGACUGAUAUACAUAAUAUACUGUAUAUGCAGAGACAUCUAUGGCCUAUCUCAUGCAUAUUUACUUGUGGCUUACGAGCCAAGACAAAGCCAAAGAUAGUCAAAGUUUACGUGAAGCAUUGGUGUGUGUGCCUUUAUGUGUGUGUUUGCUUGUUAUAGAACUAUAUGCAUGAAUGUUGCAUCACAAAUGUGUGUUUAUACAUAUAUUACAUGCCAAGCUCCCUGCCCUGUAUAUGACCUGGCCCUUAACUCUCUCUGACUCCCACUAACACUUUCAUCUCUCUGUCUGUUUAAUCCUGUUUCAUGUCUCCUGUAAAAACUCUGCGCUUUCUUCACAGCCAGAUGCUCCUUUCUUCUUCCUUCAUGCAGAGAGAGGGAGACAGCACCACCUCCCAUCCAUUCGUUCCUCUCCUUUCUUUCUCCUUUCAACAGUGUUGGCUCUUUAGGUUAAACCCUGGAUUUGUACUGUUAGGCUGUAUGGUCCGAGACAGGCUGGUUAUUAGCUGAGCCCCUCAGUCAGCAGGCCCACCUCUCUGAUUAAUAUCACAUUCUGUUAUUUUGCCUUAGAGAAAUCCUCACUAAAUGGAUUUGAGGUCAACUGUGGGUUGGCAGUGUGUGUGUGUGUGUGUGUGUGGAUAGUUGGAUGUGAAAGACAACAAGAGAUAAAAGGGUUGUUAUUUGUGUAAAUCUUAUGCUCAUGCACGUGUGCCUUUUUGCAUUUGACUCUGUAAAGUAUGAAAAUGAGCAGAUGCAUCUGGAAAAUGGGGCAAGAUGUCUAAACGUGCCUGUAAAAGUACUAUUACAUGGUAAAAUACAUAAAUUGCCUGUUUUCUCCUUGUGACCAGGUCAUGAGCUCCUCUCCUACCUAGUUCAGUGAAGGUAAACUGUAUUGUAGGCUAUUGUAGUGUCAGUUAGUUCAAAUGGAUUCUCAAUCUGUUGUGUAAUGCAUGCUCACAUUACAGAGUGCCACAUUAAUCUGAUAGAUAGCAUCAUACUAUCUUCUCUCUGAACAAUAAAAGUCAAGAGAUUUAGGUUUAAUCCAACCAAAUCUGCAGUAUUUCCAAUUUCCAUGUUGUUUAAAAAUGAGGGUAAAAGUAGAGAAGUAGGGCUUUGAACUUUCCAUAAAGGUAACUGACCUGCAAUGAAGAGGCUGCAUUCCUAUAUGUUGAAAAAAAAAAAAAAAAAAUAAAAAUAAGUUUGAGGUUAGGUUUUGUUAAUAUUAUGUUUAGUAAUAAUUUCUGCACAUCUAUGCAUGGAUCCACCAUAUUGCUAACAUGUCAUCAUUGAUCACUGAAAUAAGGGUGUCAACAACUUCCAGAAUCUCUUGCCAAAUCUUAUGUAUGUAUGAUGUAUUAUUAAAUUAGCGCAAUUAAAUUAAAUUAGCACAAACAAAAAUCUUCUUUUGACAAUGCUGAGCAUCUAUGAAAAGUUUAUUGUCAUAGAUUUACAAAGGCCCUCAAUAUGACAAUCAAGACUGGUUAUUUCUGUGUAAAUGAACAUAUUCUUUAACAUGGCAAUGAACUAUGAAUGAUCUUUUGGAAGUCUUUACUGUAAUGCUGCAUUGUUUGAUCUAAUUGCCUUAAAGCUUCUGCUAUUAUUUCAAAUUAAUUCACUGUGUUAAAUCUGUAUCUCCUCAUGAGCACUGUAUAAUGUGAUAUGGACAAAUAUAUACCUAUAUAUUCCAUUCUUUAAUUUUUUUUAAAUAAUUUGUGUCUAACAUUUUAGCCAAAAAUCUGUUGUUUUAAAGGUUUUUUUUUUUUGCGAAUUAAAUACAUUCUAAAGUUA